CGAGUCACCAGGCCGUUCGGUUGUUAUGGUUACCGCUCGCAAACACGGUUUUUAUUUGCCUCUAAUAAUAAGUUAAGCUUGAUAUUCAAAGUCAAUUAACAACUAUGGAUUGGGCCGCGGAUUUAGAAAUUACCUCGAAAAAACUUUUGCCUCGUCUUGGUAGAAGAUCGACACAGAACAUCGUACAAGACGAUUCGAAACUAGACGAUGAUCUUUUGGAAAGUCCUGUAUCGUCAUCUUCUGUGAAAUCGGCACAACCACCUGUAGCACCUCCACGUACCAGGAAAACAGGAUGGGGUGACGAACUGAAAAGCGGGAAGAUACGUGGAUCGUCGAGCAUCAUCGAACAACUGUUUCUUAGGGAACGCUUUCGAGGGACGGAGAAGGAUGACGUGAUUGACGAUAUUCCAGUUAUACCGGAUUUGGAUGAAAUUCAGGAGGAUAAUGCUUUGUCCGAUUUAGUAAAUACACCAACGGUGAACGUGAACAGAGUCGCUGCGUAUAAAGAACUUGAUACGGAUUUGGUAAAGAAUGCCGCAUUCAUGUCUCUAAAUGGCGUUAAUCUUUCUCUUCUAGCAGAGAAAUUAUACAAUGAAAAUCUAACAAAAGAGCCGGAUGAAGUAUGGAAUUGGAAUCUUCUUUUCACUCAGGUUGCAUCUGAAGUAAAUAGCGAAUCGCGAAAAAAUCUUGUUAGUUAG